AUGUCAAAGGUCGUCAACAAGCAAUCUAUUGGACUUCCACUUGAUUCUGAUCUCGUUUGGCUUGUUGCUGAUCACACUUAUAGAUCGAUCCGAAAUCGAACAAAUUCCGCUUCAUCCCAAACGGGGCGCUGGGGUGUACUGGCGGUUUUUCAUGGAGUAAUUUUGCAUCCUCAAUCAGAGGGCAUAUCAUAA